GCGUACGUGGUUACGUCAUUUCCCGGAAGUGAAACUAUCGCAACAAGGAAGUGUAGGAAAGAAAACAAAUAAUCGUUCAAAUUUGUGUCGAGUUGAAGUCGGAGAAGACGUCCUAAACACCUUUUACCUUCUGGAUUACCGUCUUCUUAGCUUGGCACACGAUGGAUUUCCUGUUUGGGAAGAGGAAGACUCCGGAGGAGAUGCUGAGGCAGAAUCAGAGGGCGCUCACCCGAGCCAUGAGAGAACUGGACCGAGAGCGAAUGAAACUGGAGCAACAGGAGAAGAAGAUCAUCGCUGACAUAAAGAAAAUGGCCAAACAGGGACAAAUGGACGCCGUCAAAAUCAUGGCCAAGGAUUUGGUUCGCACGCGGCGCUACGUCAAGAAGUUCAUCAUGAUGAAAGCCAACAUUCAGGCCGUCAGUCUAAAGAUACAGACGCUCAAGUCCAACAACAGCAUGGCACAGGCUAUGAAAGGCGUCACCAAAGCCAUGGCCACCAUGAACCGACAGCUGAAACUGCCUCAGAUUCAGAAGAUCAUGAUGGAGUUUGAACGACAGAGUGAAAUCAUGGACAUGAAGGAGGAGAUGAUGAAUGACGCCAUCGACGAUGCCAUGGGUGAUGAGGAUGAUGAGGACGAGAGCGAUGCCAUCGUGUCCCAAGUGCUGGACGAGCUGGGUCUCAAUCUGUCCGACGAACUGUCGAAUCUUCCAAGCACCGGAGGAAGCCUGGCGGUGGCUGGAGGAAAGAAGGCCGAGCCCCAAACCGCCCUGGCCGACGCAGACGCUGAUCUGGAGGAGCGGCUGAAUAACCUCCGGAGAGAUUGAACACCCCGUAACUGUCAGACAAACGCACUGUGGCGAGGUUGUUAAUACAGAUACAAACAUACUCGAAUCUCUGUGUUUAGAUUCUUUUGAAGGUAUAACUGGCAGAACACUGGCUGUUUCAGUAAACGGUCUGUGUUAUCAAGGUGUAUGGCUUUCUGUUUGAGGUGUUUUCAUUUUAUGCGUGUAUUAUGUGUUUUAUCAAACAAACAAAAAAAAACCUACAAGGGUCGUCAUCCUUCAUAGGUCUAGCAAAUUAUUGUCUCAUUUAAGACAUUGCCAAAUUCUCUGAAAGUGAACAUUUAUUUCACAGUCAGUGUAAAUACUGUCUCCUCAAGACAUGAUGUUUUCACAAUUUAAAUUAACACUAAAAGAACCCAAAUGAAAGUCUGUAACACGACAGAAGUGGAUAUUUUAUAUGGGUGGACGUAUACAAAUGUCAGCACUUUUUGUACAUCAGGCUGGUUUGGCGUUCUUUGUAUCCACAUCAUCAUAUAAAAUAUAGUUUUAGCCUUGCUGUAAGCUUUUUGAAGACGUUUGAUUAUGUUUAUUUGUGGGAGGUGACAGUUGUCAGGGUCUUGCUGAAGAUGGUGUACAAAAAGUGUAUUAUGUCAACAUCUCUUCUGUCUAAAUUCACUAAUAGGACGGUUUAUUUUACAAAAAUAUAUAAAGGAUGAAGGACGAAGAAAGAGGUUUUGCUCAGCCGACUCUUCGCCAGUGGAAAGGCACUCCUGUGAACUUCCUGGUGACUGUUUGUCAGUGGCGUUUUUGAGAUCAGCAGGAUUUUCACCAAAAUGUUAAUAAGGAUGGUGGAGUGGUGUUUAUUUUUGAAAAACUGUCCUGUUUUUGCUUUUCUUUAUUCAAUAAACGUUUUUUUUUCCAGAUUUAA